GCCCCCUCCCCGGCCUCCUCCGGGCCCGCCCGAGCAACUAACACGGCUGUUACUCUGAAAAGUGAGUGGAAUGUUAACUGCCUGCCCAGGGAGGGGACACCCUGUAAUGAGAAUCCAUGGAGCCCAGGGGAAUUGUCAAAGCCUUUCCAAAGAGGAAGAAGAUGAGGGAUGACUCAGAGAGGAAGGUCCCUCCAAAGGUCCUGAAAGAGGAGGAAACUGGGAGCAUUGAAGAAUGGCUGAAGCCGGUCACAGCCUACGUGCUGCCAGCGGGCAUCGGGCAGGCCAGGGCAGAGAUCUUUCACAAGCAGAUUGUCCAGAAGGGGGGUCGCGUCUGCAACCAGCUCUCCUCGGAGGUGACACACGUCAUAGUGGCAGAAGACAUGGACUGUGACCGGGCCUUUCGCCUCCUCAGACUGGCCAAGCUUCCCCUGGGGACCCAGCUGGUGAAGGCGGCCUGGCUGAGCUUCUGCAUUAGAGAGCAGAAGCUGCUGGAUACCACUGGAUACAGCAUCUUCAUCCCAGACAGGUACCUGGAGGAGGGGGAUCUGCCGAAGGGUCAACAGCAGCUCCUGGGCAGUGAGACUGUCCAACCCCAGCCAGAGAAGGAAGCACUGGAGCAGAAGGCUGAAGCACAGACAGCAGCCAUAUUGCCUCAGGGCCCAGCCAUCUCAGUACAGCGACAGGUGGAGGAGCAAAGCCUUCAAACACAGAGGGGCUCUGAUGACGAAGGAAGCGAAGGGGAAGAGACCAGCGUCACUCAGGGAGACCUGGAAGCACUAAUUUCAGGACGUUGCCCUGAGACCUCAUCGGGGCUGUCCAAUGACAGCUGUACCACAGUGCCCCCUGCUGCUGGCAAGUGGGUUUGUGCUCAGUCCUCUGACAGCAAGAAAGAGAAUCACAACGGGCACAUCACAGAGAAGCUGGAAGUGCUGGGAAAAGCCUACACCGUACAGGGGGACAAGUGGAGGGCUCUGGGCUACUCCAAAGCCAUCAAUGCACUCAAGAGCUACCACAAACCAGUCACCUCUUACCAGGAAGCCUGUAAGAUUCCUGGGAUCGGGAAGCGAAUGGCGGAGAAGAUCCUGGAGAUCUUGGAGAGCGGCCACCUGCGUAAGCUGGACCACAUCAGCGAGAGCGUAGCAGUGCUGGAGGUCUUCUCCAACAUCUGGGGAGCAGGAGUCAAGACAGCCCAGAUGUGGUACCAACAGGGCUUCCGGACCCUAGACGAUAUCCGCACCAAGGCUCCUCUGACCAGCCAGCAGGCCAUAGGGUUGAAGCACUACGAAGACUUCCUGGAGCGUAUGCCACGAGAGGAGGCUAAAGAAAUAGAACAGACUGUGCGAGAAGCAGCCCAGUCCCUGAACCCUGGGCUGGUGUGCAUGGCGUGCGGCUCGUACCGACGGGGGAAGGCCACCUGCGGCGAUGUGGACGUUUUGGUUACCCACCCUGAUGGGCAGUCUCACCGCGGCAUCUUCGGCAAGCUGCUUGACAGUCUCCGGCAGAGCGGUUUCCUCACCGAUGACCUGGUGAGACAAGAAGACAGCGGCAACCAGAAGAAGUACUUGGGCGUGUGCCGGCUGCCUGGGCCGGGCCAGCGCCACCGACGCCUCGACAUCAUCGUGGUGCCCCACUGCGAGUUCGCCUGCGCCCUCCUGUACUUCACCGGCUCGGCCCACUUCAACCGCUCCAUGCGAGCGCUGGCCAAGACCAAGGGCAUGAGCCUGUCGGAGCAUGCACUCCACGCCGCCGUGGUGCGCGCCCCCGGCGGCCGCAAGAUGGGGCCCGGCCUUGUCCUGCCCACCCCCACUGAGAGGGACGUCUUCACGCUGCUGGGGCUGCCCUACCGGGAGCCUGCCGAGCGGGACUGGUGAUGGGGCUGGGACCAACCCUAUCCUUCCUGCCCUCCAGGGUGUCAUGGGGGAGCCCACCAGCUGCCCGAUGAGUUCUGCAGGCACCAGCGCCCUGGCGGGGAAGGGGGGUUCCCUGCCAGACACUGAAGGGGGACACUCCUUAAUCUCAUAUCACCGGGCUGCUCCGGGCUCGCUCUGAGGUGGCCCUGGUGGACAGUGGCUGCUGUUGCUGCUUAGUGGCACUUUGUGACUGUCCAGCCAGGCCUGGGAGUUGGGGUGUCACCAGCUCUGGAAUGUAGUUCAGUGCACCUCCGAUCCCAGGAGCCCAAUAGUUACACAUCAGCAGACGUAGCUCCGUAGAAACGCACGAGCUCACCAGACCUCACAGCGUGGGCAUGCUGUGCCUUCCUCCCAUAUGGCGGAUCGCUCAUCUCCCCCUCCCGUGUUUUCUCCAGAAGGUCUCCAGUGCCUCGCUCUGAUGAUGUAGAUGGUGGCUUGGGAAAACAGUGGAUGUAUUGUUUCUUGACUUUAGCAAAGCUUUUGACACGGUCUCCCACAGUAUUCUUGUCAGCAAGUUAAGGAAGUAUGGGCUGGAUGAAUGCACUACAAGCGGCGCCCGGAGAGUUGGCGUGGAUGGGAAAGAGACUGAGCAACAAUGCUGCCUGGCAGGCCCUGGGGCACUAACCCAGACAUGCGCACUGACUUCCCGCCGGGCUCUUUGGUACAGCUGCUGUCUCCUACCCGUCAGUCGGGGGUCUGCUCCCACCCACAGUGGGCUGGUGGAGGCUGAUCGGUGCCCCUUGUGCUGUGCUCAUUGAAAAUCCAGAAUGGGGCUGCAAGUGGAACGCUGCUGUUACCGAUUGCAAGGCCGGAAGGAACCACUGUGAUCAUCUAGUCUGACCUUCUGCAUGGCCGGCCAGAAACCUGCCCCCCGAUACCCCUAGCUCAGAGCUUCGGAGAACACAGCCUGGCUUGAUUUAAAAACUCCGUGGUGGAGAAUCUGCCACGACCCUGGGAAAUUGGGUUCCUGGAAAGGAAGUACAAUAAAAUCCACACGCUCUCCUCCUU